AUGUCACGAUUCUUCAACCGCGGCGGUAGCGACAGCGAGUCCAGCUCGGACGAGGAGGAGGAUGUUUACGACCACUCCGAGGAGGAGGACAGCGACGCCGAGUCCGGCAGUGAUUCCAGUUCCGACUCUGGUAGCGAUUCCGACGACAAGGAGAGCACCGGCGGUGAUGGCUUUGACUUCUUGAAGAGUGAUGAUGAGAGCGAUGAGAGCGAGGAUGAGGAGAAAGUUACGAUCGUCAAGAGUGCCAAGGACAAGCGUCUGGAAGGUCUUGAGAACAGCAUCCGCCUGAUUGAGAACGCUCAGAAGAUCAACGACUGGGCUGUCAUUUCCACUGAGUUCGACAGCCUGAACCGCCAGAUCGUCAAGGUCAACCAGUCUGGCCCGACCCCCCGUCUGUAUGUCAAGUUCGUCGCCGACCUCGAGGACUUCGUCAACGAGGCCGUCGCCAAGCAAAAGUCCUCCAACAAGAAGAUGAACGCUAGCAACCAAAAGGGAUUCAACGCCGUUAAGCAGCGUAUCAAGAAGAACAACAAGGACUACGCCGAUCAGAUCGAGAAGUACCGUGCCGCCAAGGAUACCUACAUGGACGCCGAGGAGGAGGAGAAGGAGAAGCCCGCACCCGUACCCGUUCAAAAGUUCACUCGCCAGGAGAAGAUCCAGAACUUGAUCACACCUCCUGCUGGUGGUGAUGAUGAUGGAUUCGAGACCGUUGGUCGUGGUGGCAAGACCCUGCAGUUCACCCCCGAGAGCAUUCUCAAGAACCUGCGUACCAUUGUCGAGUCUCGCGGAAAGAAGAACACUGACCGCACUGAGCAAAUCCGCACAAUGGAGAAGCUCCUCGAGGUUGCCACUACCCCUUACCAGCGCAUCCGUAUCUACCUGACCCUCAUCUCCACCCGCUUCGACCUUUCCACCACUUCUUCCGCCACCUACAUGAGCGCCGAGCAAUGGAAGAGCGCCGAUCAAGAAUUCGGCGUCCUUCUGUCCGUUCUGGAGCAGAACCGCAACUUCGUUGUCAGCGAUGGUGCCGAUGAGUGGGAGGAUGAUGAGAAGCAACCCCAGGUUGCUGCGGGAGAGAUUUUCUACAUUCCCGGCAGCAUCACUUCAUACAUUGAGCGUCUGGAUGACGAGCUCACCCGCUCGCUUCAGCAGAUCGACCCCCACACUGCUGAGUACAUUGAGCGUCUAAGCGAUGAGCAGCAGCUGUACAACAACAUUGUGCGGACCCAGAUGUACGCAGAGAGCCUUAACGCUAGCGAGAAGAGCGAAUCCCGCCAGGAUGCUGUCAACCGAGUGGUCAUCCGUCGCUUGGAGCACAUCUACUUCAAGCCCUCCCAGGUGGUGUCCAUCCUUGAGGAAGGCACAUGGAAGGCUUUGCCUGAGAACCUGGACUCUGCCAUCACCUCCCGCGCCCAGGCUGGUGAUGUCUCCGUCCUCAUCCAGACCGUCUGCAACUACCUGUUCCAGAACAGCGACGGUAUCAUCCGUGCCCGGUCCAUGCUGUGCCAGAUCUACUUCCUCGCUCUGCACGACCAGUACUACCGCUCUCGUGAUCUGAUGCUCAUGUCUCACCUGACUGAGAACAUCGCCAACUUCGAUGUCAGCACCCAGAUCCUCUUCAACCGCACUCUUGUUCAGAUCGGUCUGUGUGCCUUCCGUGCUGGUCUCAUCUACGAGGCUCAGAACACCCUCGGUGACAUCUGCGGCAGCGGCCGCCAAAAGGAGUUGCUUGCCCAGGGUAUCAUCCUCCAGCGCUACUCUACCGUCACCCCCGAGCAGGAGCGUCUGGAGCGCCAGCGCCAGCUGCCCUUCCACAUGCACAUCAACUUGGAGCUUCUUGAGUGCAUUUACCUGACCUCCAGCAUGUUCCUCGAGGUUCCCCUCAUGGCCCAGACCUCUUCCGCCCCCGAGAUUCGCCGCCGCAUGAUCUCCAAGACCUUCCGCCGUAUGCUCGACUACAACGAGCGCCAGGUGUUCACCGGUCCCCCUGAGAACACCCGCGACGGUGUCAUUAUGAGCGCCAAGUUCCUUGCCGCCGGCGAGUGGAAGAAGGCCGCCUCUAUGCUGUCCUCCAUUAAGAUCUGGGACCUGAUGCCGCAGCCCGAGAAGAUCAAGGAGAUGCUGUCCCAGCAGACUCAAGAAGAGGGUUUGCGCACCUACCUCUUCACCUACGCUCCCUUCUACGACAGCCUGUCCAUCUCCUCCCUGGUCGACAUGUUCGAGCUUUCCACUAAGAAGAUCACCGCCAUCAUCAGCCGCAUGAUUUCCCACGAGGAACUCGGUGCCGCCCUCGACCAGGUCAACGAUGUCAUCGUCUUCCGCAAGGGCGUCGAGCUCUCCCGUCUCCAAUCCCAGAUCGUCACCCUGGCCGAAAAGUCCAUGGGUCUACUCGAGUCGAACGAGAAGACCCUCGAGCAGCGCACCCAGGGCAUGGCCAACGCUUUCCAGCGCGAGUCAGGCCCCGGUGCCCGUGGCCGUGGUCCCCGUGGUCCCAACCAGGCCCGCGGUGGUCCGCGACUGCCGAACAACCAGCAGGGCCGGAGACCUGGUGGUCAGCAGUUCGGUGGUGGUGCAUUGGGUGGUGCAAUCAAGGCUUGA